UCAUCAGAACAUCAGGUGUAGACGUGGUACUAGUCGCCUGAAUUCCGCAUGUGGAGCUCGGCUGAAUAAGUCCAUCGCCAAAAUUAUCGCCUCAGAUCUUCCUGAAGUUCCAAUUUGUACUGUAACAUAGAUUCCAACAUGUCCGGACGGGGAAAAGACGGAAAAAUCCGGUCCAAACCUCGAAGUCGGUCGGCUCGAGCCGGUCUCCAGUUCCCUGUGGGUCGCGUGCACCGAUUCCUGAGGAAAGGGGGCUACGCGGAGCGGAUAGGAGCGGGCGCCCCCGUGUACCUCGCCGCCGUGCUGGAGUACCUCAUCGCCGAGAUCCUGGAGCUGGCCGGCAACGCCGCCCGCGACAACAAGAAGUCUCGCAUCAUCCCCCGCCACCUUCAACUGGCAGUCCGUAACGACGACGAACUCGACAGUCUACUGAAGGGGGUGACUAUCGCACAGGGAGGCGUGCUGCCGCACAUUCCAUCUAGCCUACUGCCCAAGAAGACACAAGACGGGCACAGGAAGAAAUCGAGCGUGUCGAGUCAGGAGUACUGACACCGUGAACACGACUUGGACCGCCCGGGACUGCGUUUACAUGAUUUGACAGCCACAACGGACUAGUUUUGGGGCGAAGACUUCAGAGUAUGGUACGAAAGCAGCUAUUUAAAGCCCUCGACGAACUCAACGAAGGUUAUGACAGUUAAACUUUUCCUCAAGCCUUCACGUCAGACUUUCUUGACGCAACAUUCCCCUACUGAGAUCUUCACCGUGACAGUUUUAGUACAGUUGGUUAUACUUUGGUUUGGUGCUCAGCGCUUGACUACUUCUGCAUGUAAAAACGUUAAAACAAUGCACUGAGCGGUUGAUCUGUACAGUGUAUAGAACUUUGUUUGUUCACUUGUCAGAAACCGGUACCCAAAAUAACUGUUUUGCAUAAUUAACAAACCCAACAAGAUACACUGUCAAUAAAACUAUUUUUUUCAAGAC